UUUUUUUUUUUUUGAUACUUCAAUCCUCUCCUCCAAAAAACUCAACCCCUACAAGAGUCGGUAAAUCACAUGCUUUAAUCAUCUUCCUUUUCACAUUUUAUUACAUUCGAACCUACCAUUACAAAUCAGAGUAUUUCAACAUGGAGAAGCGCAGGACCUCACACAACAAACGCAACAACCAAGCACGACAACCCCGAGUCGGUGUGGAGGCUGCGGUCGUCUGGGGCGGAGCUUUGGCUAUCGCCGGUUUGAUAACUGCUUUCGCGUUGAAAAAAAGAAGACCAAGAAGAGAUCGGGAUAAAGGAAGCGGAACUGGCAGCCAAGUUCAAGGGCUGCCUUUAAUUCUUCAGAGUAAUCCAACCGAGAAUCACAGUUUCACCUUCCAUCAAAUAGCAAAGACGGAAGUAAUACAGACCAAAUCCUGUGAAUCUGUCUCUAUCCGGAGUUUGAACUCGGAAGAGAAAGCAGAGCUGUGUAUCAGCAAUGGCGAAGACGAGAAUAAUCCGAAGAUCACGCUCUAUAACAAUCGGAAUGAAGAUUCCGAAGAAAUCACGGAGGCCUGUCAUCAAGAAAUUCUUCUUUCCGAUGAUUCGGCAGAACAAAGCGUCACGUCUUCCGACGAUUGCAGCAACCUUGAAGAACUGAAAUUGAUUAUGAAUGACUCUGGAGAGGUUUUACAGUUGCUGAAAACCAAUGGAGUAAAGAACGAUGAAGAAGAAGAAGAUGAUGUUGAUAAUGAAGAAAAUAUAAAGGAGAAAGAGCAGGAGAGUUGUGAAGUGAGUGGGAGUUCUUCCAUGGAAUGUAACGACGAAGCAGUUUGGGCAGAAGAGACCACCGAAAUCUCAUCCCCUGAAUCCAAAUCUGAAUCGACCAUUGCAGACCAUCUAGUGGAAGAGACCGAUGAAGAAACGAGAAUAAAUGAAAACAGAGCAACAAGGGUGGAAAAUUCAAUGGUCAUUUUGAAUGAGGGAGAAACACAUGGGGAAGUUGUGAACGUGAUGAAGGAUGAAGAUGAAUGGUGGAGGAAGGGGCGAGCUCGGGUUCAAUCAGUCAUGGCGUUUCUGCUGCUACUGUUAGUAUUCCUUUAUUUGCUUGGUUACCUCUUUAAUGUUGAGACUCUUAGUGGGUUCAAAUGAAAGUCAACGGACACGAUCUUAUGCUCUGCUCUGAACAUGUAAAUUGGGUAUACAGAUGAAGAUGAUUUAUUUGUACACCGAAUAUAGUAAUUAUGAAUAAUUCUUACUUUUCAUGUAAGAAAUGGGAAAGAAUAUAAUAUGUUUAGGAACA